GGAGCUGUAGUUCCGGGGGGGGGUGUCCCUCCUCCAGACUACAAGCUCCAUCGAGCAGCAGGAGGACGGUUGCUUGGUGUAAUUAGCAAGCGGGAAGUAUGGCGGUGGCGCGCAUCGACGCGGCUUUGCCUCCUGGAGAAGGAUCAGUGGUCAAUUGGUCAGGGCAGGGGCUACAGAAAUUAAGUCCAAACUUACCCUGUGAAGUUGAUAUUCAUACUUUGAUUCUGGAUAAAAAUCAGAUUAUUAAAUUAGAAAAUCUUGAGAAAUACAAACGAUUAAUACAGUUGUCAGUUGCUAAUAAUCGGCUGGUGCGGAUGAUGGGUGUGGCCAAACUGACCCAACUCCGGGUAUUAAAUUUACCUCAUAAUAGCAUUGGCUAUGUGGAAGGGCUGAAGGAAUUAGUACAUUUGGAAUGGCUGAAUUUGGCAGGAAAUAAUCUCAAGGCCAUGGAACAACUCAAUAGCUGCACAGCUCUACAGCACCUCGAUUUAUCAGACAAUAACAUACCCCAGAUAGGCGAUCUAUCUAAGUUGAUAUCACUGAAGACCCUGCUUUUACAUGGAAAUAUCAUCACCUCUCUUAGAAUGGCACCAGCUUAUCUACCCAGAUGUCUUGCUAUACUUUCUUUGGCAGAAAAUGAAAUCCGGGACUUAAAUGAGGUCUCUUUUCUGGCAUCCUUAACUGAAUUGGAACAAUUAUCGAUCAUGAACAAUCCCUGUGUGAUGGCAACACCUUCCAUUCCAGGGUUCGACUAUCGGCCAUAUAUCGUCAGCUGGUGCUUAAAUCUCAGAGUCCUAGAUGGAUAUGUCAUUUCUCAGAAAGAAAGUUUAAAAGCUGAAUGGCUCUAUAGUCAGGGAAAGGGGAGAGCAUAUCGCCCUGGCCAGCACAUCCAGCUUGUCCAGUAUCUGGCCACAGUUUGUCCUCUCACGUCUACGCUGGGUCUUCAAACUGCAGAGGAUGCCAAACUAGAGAAGAUUCUGAGCAAGCAGAAGUUUCACCAGAGGCAGUUGAUGAACCAGAGCCAAAAUGAAGAGUUGUCUCCUCUUGCUCCUGUUGAAACAAGGGCAUCACUUGUACCUGAGCAUUCCAGCCCUGUUCAAGAUUGUCAGGUAGUCCAGGAAAGCGAACCUGUCGUCCAAGUCAAUUCUUGGGUUGGGAUAAGCAGUAAUGAUGACCAGUUAUGUGCUGUUAAGAAUAACUUUACAGCCUCUGUACACACGGCAAGAUAUUCUCGAAAUGACCUGCAUCUGGAAGACAUCCAGACAGAUGAGGACAAGUUAAACUGUAGUCUCCUCUCUUCAGAGUCCACUUUUAUGCCGGUUGCGUCAGGACUCUCUCCAGUAUCACCAACAGUUGAGUUGGGACUGCACAGCCUUAACUUGGGCCUGGAAGAUGAUGAUACUGCAGAGGAAUCUGCGAAGGGGCCGGAAAACCAGGGCUUUGAUAAGGAAGAGAAAAAGGCUUUUUGGGCUGCAAAUGAGAAUUCUGUUCAAAUGACAAAAAGUGAGAUCAGUACAGAGGUAAAUAAGAAAGACAGGCUAUUACCUUGUCCUGAGCGAGCAGUCCCCAGUGCUGUCUUGAAGGAUGACAGCCACAGUCCUAGACCUUUCCCUGAGUCAUUGGGACCCAGUGUUUUCCAUACGCAGCCAGCUAGUGAAGAAACCAUGUCUGAAACAGCUUCAGAGAAACUUCCGUGCAGGUUUUUAACCCAGAAAUCUGUUGCUUUGGGAAAAGAUAAAGUUGCCCUUCAGAAAUUGAACAAAGCAGCAACCAAGCUUCAAGCCUGUUGGCGGGGCUUUUAUGCCAGGAACUACAACCCACAGGCUAAAGAUGUGCGUUAUGAAAUCCGGCUGCGCAGGAUGCAGGAGCACAUUGUCUGCCUCACUGAUGAAAUAAGGAGAUUAAGAAAAGAAAGAGAUGAAGAACGUAUUAAAAAUUUUGUACAAGAAGAGGCUGUCAGAUGCCUUUGGAACCAGGUAAGGUCUCUGCAAGCAUGGCAAAAAAUGGUGGACCAGCAUCUGAAUUUCCCGCCUAGUGAUGUUCUGCCCAUGUCAAGUACUUUGGUGACGUCUCAAUCUCCAUUAUUCACCCAAAGUCAGGAGCCCUCUUCUGGUCAAAAUUCUGAUUGGUUCACUGCUCCUGAGGAAGCUCCUCAAGAGAAAUUCUUGCCAGAAUUUCCAGACUCUGGUUUUCAUUCCUCCCUAACAGAACAAGUUCACUGUUUACGGGAUUCUUUGGAUUUUGAAAAAAGUUCCACAGAAGGUAGUGAAAGUUCCAUCAUGGGGAAUUCCAUUGACACAGUCAAAUACGGCCGGGAGUCAGACAUAAGGGAUGUUAGUGAAGAACAUAGUGAAUGGAAUAAGGAAAAUUCAAACAGUGAGCAGGAUAAUAGCCUACUUGAACAGUAUUUAACUUCAGUUCAGCAGCUAGAUGAUGCUGAUGAGAGGGAAAAUCUUGAUGAAGGGACAGGAGAUACUAAGCUUCCCAUAGCCUGUUCCCCUGAAACGUUAGAUGUCUUAGAGCCUGACAGUGCUGUAGAUGAUACUCAAGGCAUAUCUCCUGCUUUGCAAGAUGAAAUCAACCAGACACCAGAAAGUGGUAAAUUAAAUGCAGUUGUUCAAGGACAGCAGUCAGACUGUGAGUCUGCAUUUCAGGUAUUGCAUGUUGGGAUUAUUGUAUAGAAUGUUUGGUUGCUUAGGAAACAGAAAUCAACUGAAUUUAAGAAUAUUUUCAUUUAGCUUUUUUGGGGGAAGAAGAAUAUUCCUCCCAGUUUUGUUACUAUUUAUAUAUAAUUUAUAUUUUUGUCUUGUCUUAUAUUUUCCAUAUUCUAGGUACUAAGCUGAAUCUUCAUUUUGAUUUUGUUAGCUUUUUACUUAGAUAUAAUGUAUCAAACAAUAUUUAUAUUGAAAGCCACACACAUGCACUUUACUAACAACUGAAUUGCAUCAGCAGUGUUCCUGUAUUUUUAUGUAUUCAUUUCUUUCCAAAAAUAAACUUGAAUACAUUAAAGAAGAUAGAAAAUUUUACCUUCAAGAUAUCAACAAGAGAAUUUUAAUUCUUAUGUAUGUGAGGAAAUUAUGUAGUAAGGAAUACAGUUUGUUACAGUGACUAUAAAUAACAAAUAAUGAGGAUUGUGAAACUCUUAAAAUUUGCCAGCCUCUGCGGAGUAAGAAUAUGUGUUUUUAAGCCUUUUUCCCUCCCCUAUGAGUCAAGGAGAGCCUUCUUAUAAGCAAAUAAGGGAGAAAAGGUAAGAUUAUAGGAUAUUCAAUGGGGAUGCUUAAAUUGUCUCUUGGAAAACAUCAAUGUCACCUAUCACUUUUAACAUAUGAAGCAAAGUGUUCAUCAAGCACUAAAGUCAAGCUUAUUUAAAGAGACAACACAAGAAUAUUUCUAUUAGAUACAGGCUUCAUUCACUUGGAAUAAUGCCACAGCAAACAUCAUCUUUUCAUUUAGUGAUUUUUUUUUUUUUUGUUCCACAGAUAAGCGUUUAUGUGCCAAUAUAUUGCCAGAAGUUAAUGUUCUUUGUUCCUACUUUAUAUUGGCUAUGUAUUUCAGCAGAGACCCAUGGUUGUUUUAUUUUUGACCUCUGCCUCAUAGAAGAGAACAUUUAAAAUAAUACCAGUGGUGGUAGACUAUGAAUGACAUUUUUUAAAGGAUUAUUUUCUAUCUAAAUCUCUGAAAAAGUGCCACAUUCGGAAGAGAAUUUAAUGGUAGUUAAGAAAAAAUAAACCUCACAUUUCUUUACUUAUUAAAGAGAAUAUAUAUCUGUAACUCUAAAAAGAAAUGAUAAUAGUGUUUUUGAGUGUUAUAGAUGCAUUCACAAAUCAAGGACAGUUUUUGGAAGCUUGCUAUUUUAAUCUCUGAGAAUGUUCUAAUAUCAUUGACCAAUACAUAUCUGACUUCCUCCCAAUCUGUGGACAUACAACAAUUUAACUAUGGCAAUACUAGGGUAUUCUCUAAAUUUAGGUGCUAAAUAUCUAUUCAUUAUUCAGUUACAGUCACUAGAUCCCCUUCUUUGAAGUUAUAUAAAAUAAAAGCUGAUCCUUCCAAGAAUAAGAUCAGGGAUCACAUCUUAUACUCUGUAUUGAUAAAAACAUUUCUCCAAUGUGAAUAAGAUGUUUAUUUCUCACAUCAUAAAUAUGUAGCACUCAGGUUGAGAAGACUUGGAUUUCAUUCUCAGAAAUCCAGAACCUCUUGCAAAGGAAAUAUUUUCUGUCUCUUUUAAACAAAACAACGGUCUUAGAUUCAAAGGAUUUUCCUUAGUGAGGCAUGGAUAACAUUGAAUGCAUGUUAAGUAAAAAUAGAAUUUUUAACUUUUUGGAUAAUGUUAAUUUUAUGAGUGAUUUUGAAUUUCUUCUUAAAUCUACCCUAUUUUUCUAUUUUACGGUUAAGUGCCUCAUUUGCUCACCAUAGUUAGACAAAGAAAACCAACUUGUACUGCACUGGUACCAAAGUACUGCUUCAUGGUGCAUUAAUUUCUCAUAAAAGCUCCUGAAAUGUCAUGGGUCAGUAUUACCUAAGUAGGUUUCUUCUGACAUCUCUUCCCUCUUCUCUUUUUUUAAGAGAUGACAAAACACAACUGAAUUCAUUUGAACAUCAGCAUUUGCCAGCAAGAUUUCCUUUUUUAGCUUUGCCUUGUUUUUCUAGCCCAUCAGUAGUAUUCGACAUACUUUUAUUUUAAAAUUGGCAGAAUAAUGACUGAUAUUCUGCUCUUCAUUCUAUUUAUUAUUGUUUUGAAGUGCAAGAAUAUUAAGAAGCCCCCACCUUAACUGUUCAGAUUAUCGUGAAUAUAAAUAGAAUGAAAAUAAUAUAAAUUAGAAUGCUGGAAAACUGUGGCAUAGACUUAAUAUAUUUUAAUAGAUUUACAUUGUAAUUUAAAAUAACUUAUGAAAUAGUUAACAGCAAUAGAGAAUUUAACUCUGUUGGUCUGCCUGAAGAGUAAAUGGGCUUGGUAAGGUUUGGGAAGUUGAGCUUUAACAGUCUUUGUGUUUUUCUUUUUUCUUUUUUUUUUUUGGUCUUUUUGCCUUUCCUAGGGCUGCUCCCGCAGCAUAUGGAGGUUCCCAAGCUGGGGGUCUAAUCAGAGCUAUAGCCGCCGGCCUACACCAGAGCCACAGCCACACGGGAUCCGAGCCGUGUCUGCAGCCCACACCACAGCUCACGGCCACACCGGAUCCUUAACCCACUGAGCAAGGUCAGGGAUCGAACCUGCCACCUCAAGGUUCCUAGUCAGAUUCGUUAACCACUGCGCCACAGCGGGAACUCCUGUGUUUUUCUAAUAGGAGAAGUUUAGUUCAGCUAUGCUAUUUUAGUUCAAUUCUUUUGAUUUAUGGACAAUUCAAUAUGUCAAUUUAAUAUUCCUUCAGAAGCACAGAAUCAUACCAUGUGAGAAUUGAAAGGAACCAAGAGAUUGUCUUUCUAAUCUCUUAAUCUUAGUUUUAAAGAUGAAACUAAAGAACAGAGAAGUUCAAUAACUUGUCUGAGGUUAUAGCUGGUUAAUAGAAAAUAAACUUUGGGAACUUAAAAGUUAUUGUAGUUCUAAAUUUUAUUAUGCACUUUCUGUUAAUCUCUAUGUUUAGUAAACCAGUAAGAAGGUCUGUAUGUUUUUCAUUGUCUUUGAAAGAGAGAAAAAAAAAAACUUCUAAGAAAGCUAGAACCCUACCACUCAGGGUAGAGUCACUUGUAGAAAACAACUGAUUUGUUCAGAACCCUGAGUGAAUUUUCUCCAAGGAAUGUGUUUGAUUAACAUGGUUUUUAAAAUGGUAAUGUAGUGGAAAUGAGCAUUUUGAAAGAAUGACUGCAUCUUGGUGUCCAUUUAUUUAAUAGGAAUUAUAGCAUUGCUGAGAUAUAUAACUUUUCUAGUGAGAUGCUAGUUUGAUUAUAGUUCACCUUCAGUUUUAUAGAACAACAGAUGUUAAAGUUUUAACUCUCCUGGUGUGCAGAAAGCUCUAAUCAUGACAGUUGAUACAUAUACAAUAAUAGUUGGUUUUAUAAAUUCAGUUAUAAAAGGCCUUAUAAAAAUGCAUGUUUUUAGGAAAAAAUGUAGCCACAGAAUUGUUAGUAUAAAUGCAAAUAACUUUACUCUUGAAUAAUGUGGGCCCUUCUCGAAGGAUUUUUACUUUACUUUGGAUUAUUUAAAAUAUACAAAUACCGUAAUAGUGUAUUUUCCUGUUAUUUACUUAGGACAAGUCUAGUUCCACUUUUUAUAGUAUUUCCAGAAACAAUAUGGACUUAAGAUAUCAUGGUGUCUCCUUUGGUAGCUUUUGGGCACAAAUUCUUAGAGUUGGAUUUAAAACAAUAAUAUGAAGUCUCCCCCCCCCUCGAGAAUUAAGGCAUAAUCAAAAGGGAAAAUAUAAAAUGAGUCUGAUCAAUUUCUCAUUUAUGGGUGAAAAAUGAUAGACACUAAUUUGUUUCAUGUAUAUUUAUUUUGCCAUGUAACUGAGGAGUGUUUAUUAUAUUGUCUUGUUUUAACUUUCAAAUUUAUGAUCCCUUCAUCUAUGAAAUAAAGCAGAAAAGUUUUGUAAGGAACAUUCUAAAUACUUUUAGUGAUCUUGUUUUCAUUGAUUAAGCCUGUCGUGCCAUAUUAAAUUUAAAAGUCAAGUAAACAGGAGUUCUUGUUAAGGAUCUGGCAUUGCCUCUGCUAUGGCUUGGAUCCCUCCUGUGUCUUGGGUCUGAUCCCUGGUCUAGGAACUUCCACGCGUUGCAGGUGCAGCCAAAAAAAAAGUAGAUGAAGUAGUAGUCUUGGAGUGAAACAUAUAAUUAAUUGUCUUUUAAAAAUAAGUUACUAAUUUCCCACUGUGGCACAACUGGAUUGGUGACAUUUCUGCAGUGCCAUGAGGCAGGUUGGAUUCCCACCUGGCACAGUGGGUUAAAGGAUCUGGUGUUUCUGCAGCUGUGGUGUAGGUUGCAGCUACUGCUCAGAUUCAGUCCCUGGCCCAGGAAUUUCCGUAUGCCGUGGGUGUAGCCAUAAAAUUAAAAAAACAAAAAAAGAGUUGCUUUCUAUUUGUGAAUGAGUAGAGAUCAUACUACAAUUUAAUUCCUUAAUUGAUUUUAGUCAAUAGCAGGAAUCAUUUUGUAGUGGCUUUGAUCAUUUUCUAAUUAAAUUUCUUUGAGAAUUUUGUAAUAAUUUUAAUGUUGACAAGUUUAAAAAUAAUUUGAUUUUGCACUAUUUUUAGAUUUCUCUUUAAUUUUAUUGUAGAAUUAGUGGAUGCUUUAAAUGGUUGUGGUCUGUUUUAUGAAGGCUUAAUAUUUUAUAUUGUACUUAAUUUGUAUUUGAGUUUAAUUCUAAAUAAAAAGUUUGUAUAUUUGAGUGA